CAACACCACCUUGUAUAAAUUCGCCUUGAAUACGCCUCUGUUUAGCACGAACGCUUUUCCUACACCAGAACAGACCUAACAGGCUUUAAUUGUGUACUAGUGGAGAUAUGAAGAAGAAGAAUAUAAUUUUGUUUACCUGAAUUCUUUUGUCUCUACCGAUUAAACUUUAUUCAAUUUGGAAAAGUAAUAAACCGUAAAUCAUAAUCGUUUUAAAAAUGCCGUAUUGCUGUGUGCCUGGUUGCGAAAGAAUCAAAAGAGCUAACAAUAGACGUUUCUUGUUUAACUUUCCCAAAAAGGAAGAAUUAUUGCAAAAGUGGCUUGAAGCAAUACCAAGUCUUGAGAGACCAAUAAAAACUUCAUGCCGGGUGUGCCAACAUCAUUUCGAACCUAAUGACAUUCUAGGAGCAUACAGUCACACAAUUGGCGGAAAAAAGUAUCUUAUAGAAAGGGAGAGAGCAAGAUUGAAACCAAAUGCUGUGCCUACCACAAAUUUAGGAAAUUCUUUACCAGUGAAUGGAGAAAUAAAAUUAAAACGUGGCAAAACGGCCCGUAAAGCAAGUACCUUACAUAAAGACGAGAUCGCAUCUGACAACAAUGGUAAACCACCUCGCAUUCCCGAAACGGUUGAAAUUUUGAGAGUUGAACAAAUAUGUGAAGAGAUAGUUAAAGAUGAAAUCACCUCUCACAACAAUGGCAAACCACUUCGCAUUCCCGAAACGGUUGAAAUUUUGAGAGUUGAACAAAUAUGUGAAGAGAUACAUAAAGAUGAAAUCACCUCUCACAACAAUGGUAAACCACUUCGGAUUCCCGAAAUGGUUGAAAUUUUGGAAGUUGAACAAAUAUGUAAUGGAAAUAAUGUAAUCCUAUGUUCGCAGCAAAUAAGGCAGUCAGAUAUUGAAAAACCAGAAAACUCUUACGAAGGCAUAAAAUUACAUUGCGAUGAUUUUACGAUCGCCGAUGACUGCGGUAACAGAUCAAGUGCUCGCAAUAAAGUUGGCAUCUUACAAGUACCAGAAAUCGAAGGUAGUAAUCUUAGCGCAAACCGAACAAAAUCUCCAACAUCAACAGCCAGCGAAUCUUUCGACCUUUUCGAUAGCGUUUUCGAAGUGGUUUUACCGACCACACUCUGGGGUGUACAUCGCUCCCCUAAUCAAAAACGUAUAAUGUUCGUAUGUAUAGAUGAUGAGGAACUAAAUAUAAACAAAAUGUUGACCGUCAAUGACACAGGUGAAAUCAAAACAUAUUUAGCAAAGCGAUUAAUCAGCGAAGAAUGCUGGCCGACAAACGAUCUAACUCCAGACCGCAUUUCAGAAAUGCUGGAAGAAUUAGAUGUAAUGCAAAUAU